AGAGAGAGAGAGUGGGAGAGGAGAGAAGACAGGGAGAAAGCAUGAAGACGAUACUUUCCUCAGAGACGAUGGACAUCCCGGACGGGGUGAAGAUCAAGGUGAAGGCGAAGGAAAUUGAGGUUGAAGGGCCGAGAGGGAAGCUUGUGCGCAACUUCAAGCAUCUCAACCUUGAUUUCCAGCUCAUUACCGACGGGGAGACCGGAAAAAGGAAGCUGAAGGUUGAUGCCUGGUUCGGAUCGCGCAAAACCACCGCCGCUAUCCGUACUGCGCUCAGCCACGUUGAGAACCUCAUCACUGGCGUCACCAAGGGUUACCGAUACAAGAUGCGCUUCGUCUACGCUCACUUUCCUAUCAACGCCUCCAUCACCAAUGCUAAUAAGUCUAUUGAGAUCCGUAACUUCCUUGGCGAGAAGAAGGUCAGGAAAGUUGACAUGCUUGAGGGAGUUUCUGUUGUUCGGUCUGAAAAGGUUAAGGAUGAAUUAGUAUUGGAUGGGAAUGACAUUGAACUCGUGUCUCGAUCAUGUGCCCUUAUUAACCAAAAAUGCCAUGUGAAGAACAAGGAUAUCAGGAAAUUCCUUGAUGGGAUAUAUGUGAGUGAGAAGGGAACCAUUGUUGAGGAAGAGUAGAUAGCUAGUCUGAGAGAAUAGUACAAGCAAAGACUCAUCUUUUCCUCAUUGUUUGCUCGCCCUUUAUUAUCGAAAGCAGUUUCAAAGACUAGUUUCGGCUGAAUUUUGCAGUUUUUUGUUUGAUUUCAUAUUUAUUGUCACCAUCAAAACAUGUUUCGUUGUAGUUAUAGCUUCUUCUCAGCUUUGGUUGUGUUGUGAACUGUGUAUCAGUAUCACAGUAAAGAAGAAUGAAAUCAACUUUUUCCUUAGCUUCUCAUGCCA